AUGACAGAGUCCCCAAGGCAAGUCCCUCCCAGCCCACUCACAGCCCGACAGCUGCUGGCGGACAGAGCUGCCGUCUCACAGGGUCCCCAGAGUCCCUCCGCUCAGAGCUGGCACCGCCGCGGGACGGCCAUGGCCAACAACUCCACCGGCGACCUCCACGCUCCCGGGCCGCAGCUGAGUGUGGCUGACAUCGGUGUCAUCACCGUGUAUUUUGCCCUGAACGUGGCCGUGGGCAUAUGGUCCUCUUGUCGGGCGAGCAGGAACACAGUGAGUGGCUACUUCCUGGCAGGCCGGGACAUGACGUGGUGGCCGAUUGGAGCCUCCCUUUUUGCCAGCAGCGAGGGCUCUGGCCUCUUCAUCGGAUUGGCGGGCUCGGGCGCGGCUGGAGGCCUGGCUGUAGCGGGCUUCGAGUGGAAUGCCACCUACGUGUUGCUGGCGCUGGCGUGGGUCUUCGUGCCCAUCUACAUCUCCUCGGAGAUCGUCACUUUGCCCGAGUACAUUCAGAAGCGCUACGGAGGCCAGCGGAUUCGCGUGUACCUGUCUAUCCUGUCCCUGCUGAUGUCUGUCUUCACCAAGAUAUCGCUGGGGAAACUGAGGUCCAGUGAGGGACCCAGGGCCCCUGGGGUGCAGGCUCGGCAGCUGGCCCCGUCAGUAGCAGAAGGCGGCCAAGUGCUUUGGCCCAGGUCCUAG